UACGGGUACGCGGUGGGUAGUAGUGGUAAGGGGGCCGCUGAGGGGGGGAGGGCUGGCAGUGUGGACACGCCGCCGCCGCCGCCGCCGCCGCUGAGUCCCCCGCCCACGAGGGCGUUGCCCAAGACCCCGCCGGCUAGUAUGUCGACGCCGACGCCGCCGCUGGUGUUGCCGGCGAGGGGGCCGGCGAGGGGAUCGCCUGCGCCGGGCUCGGUUUCACCGCCGCCGGGGUACUCGGGGGGUGAUGGGAAGGGUUCACAGCCGGGGUUGUUGGGGCCGCGAGGUCGUGACCACCUGGCUCCGCCUGCGGGACCUGAGACGGGGUCGCCGUAUCGUCAUGAGCAUGGGAGGUUGGUGGGGUAUUCUCCGGCAGAACAGACUUCUGAUGGGGCUAGAGGAGGACCCCGGCGGCAGCAGGACCCGAGGGAGAGCUGGGGAAGCUGGAGCGGGGCUGGGACGGUGGUUGGGAGUGGUAGCUACCAUGCCAGCAGUGUGAACAACGUCAAUGUCACGGCGGAGAGUGCAACGCCGGCGGGGGAGAGAGAAGGAAUCAGCAGUGGUACUCGAGGGCAGCACGUUAGUCCUAGGACGAGCGUGAGCAGUGAUGUGACGGCCACCGCGGAUACGAUGGUGACUGCGGUUUCAAGGAUGUCUAGUGCGAGAGAUGACAAAUAAGGUAGUUUGGUGAGAGGAUCUCACGUUGAAGUCGGGGCCAGAACGGGGAGGGGAGGUAAAAGGAGGUCGUGGCUACAAGGAGUUCUCUUCACGGCAAAAACAGUUAACGAAGGUAUUAAAUAAUAUUCGUAUCCUGACGGUUUUGGAGGUCGAGACCUGGAGUGUCAGACCCUUUACGAAGUACAUUGAUGACGAUGAAUGAGGAGGUUGGUAAUGAAUAAAAUAACGUUUUUUAUACACAGUAGCUACCUGACCUACCUUAUUAAUGUAGUAUACUCAAUGAAAAUGAAAUCCUUGAAUUCACCUUCUUAGAUACACUACACAUUAGAUGAAUGCAAAUGACAUCAGUGCAGAAACAAGCAUGACUUCGGAAGUAAA